AUGUCCAAAAGUGGAGCACCAUUAUCUGAUCAAGCUAAAGAAAGACUUCAGGCCAAAUUAGAUAUGAAGGAAAGGUUGAAACGACAAGAAGAGCGCUUAGUGAGGAGACAGCACCGGAGGGAGGAAAUUCUCGCGAAUAAGGUAGUUUACUUGCUUAGUGCUUGCCCUAAGGGGAUCCCCCUUUUCGCUAUGUAG